AUGCCAUCGGGUCCUGGACACACCUCUGGCAGGAUAUGCAUUCUGUCUCACUCGACAACUAUUCGUAUCAAGUUCUUCGAGGUCACAUCUGAGCCAAGCAUACUGAAAUCCAUUGAAGAUGAGACGAUUGAUAAUAUCGUGUCAAUGAAGGACUUGAGACAACACCUUUCUGCUCACUUGCGACGACCCGCCAACGUCGAAAGCAACUCAGAUGCAUUCAAAGAGUGGGCCAGCAAGAUUGUCAAGGCAGAGUUCCCAUCACCACUGCUGGGGACUGGAUUGGAGCUCAUCGAUGUGCCAGGCUUCAGCAUCGCUGACCAUGCAUCACUCAUCACAAUCCGCAAGCAGUUCUUCAAUGUCUACCAGCCCUCAGGAACACUCUUCUGCUAUGCAAACUCAGCCUUCUCUGAUGGCGAGAUGAUGGCAAUUCCCGACCUCAUCAACUCGUUGCCCAAGGGAUGGAACCUUGAGAGUGAUUCAAUAUUCUUUGUCAACACCAAGGUCUCCAAGAGCCAGAUUGCGAUCAUUAACAAUAUUGACCCUGGCGAUGAGGUGCCAUUCCAUUUGAUCAACAAUCACACUGCCCACUGUUUCGAGAAGCUCGUGGCCUCCAAUCAAAAGAAGAAGAACAUCUCCAGGUUUAUUGAUCAGAGACGAUUUGCUGUUGCCAACUCACUUGCAUUCAUCAAGCAACCCAAGUCCCCCGAGAACAGGUACAUCUUCACUCAGUUCAUCGAUCGGCUCACCAAGUGGAUCAUCAAAGACCAACUUUCAAAGAAUGUUUGGUCAUUGGCAAAGAUUGGGAGUGAUUUGGAUGUCAUGUCAUCGAGGAAGAAAUACCUUUUCGCCAAGUUGGAUAACUUCCUUGCUGAUCUUGAUAGUCAGAUGUAUGAUGUUUGCGAGAAUAUCACGCUUUCUAUAUUUGGCAUUCUUGCAUCCGUUCCUAAACUCUUGAAGAAAUUGAUAAGUUCCACCAGCCAGCAAGACUCAUUGCACAUUGAUCAUACAAAUGGCAACAUCACGUUCAUGAGAGUUGACCUGCUGGAUCAAAUGCUCACAGAUAUCGAUGAUCGAGUGGCAAAAGAGAUUGGACAUUGCUUCUCAAACUUCACAAGAGAGGAUAGUGUUUCCUCAUCAAAGAGAUACAUCAAGAAGAUGGUUGUGGACAUUAAAGCAUUAUCAAUAUCAUAG